AUGAAAGAUCAGGAUAUCGUUGGCGAGGCUCUUGCUUCUGUCUUGCCCCAAUAUGAUCGUCCUUGGUUCAGAGUACCACAUCUUUUGCAACUCAACCUCAUCCUCACUAUUCCAUUAAUAUCGUCCGCUGUAGCUGGAUAUGAUGGAUCCCUCAUGAACGGCCUUCAGUCCAUUGCCGAAUGGAAGGAGUAUUUCGGUAAUCCAUCGGGUUCAAUACUCGGUGUUGUCAAUGCAGCACAGUCUGUUGGAAGUGUGAUCUCGUUACCCUGCGUGGGAAUCUUGUCCGAUCGUAUCGGACGGCGCUUGACCCUGCUAUUUGGAGCCAUUGUGAUUGUCAUUGCUUCGAUUAUUCAGGCUGCAUCAGUGCAGUAUGGAAUGUUUGUAUUCUCUCGUGUCUUGGUAGGAAUUGGCUCCAUGCUAGUCGUGCAGCCCUCCCCUAUGCUUAUCACCGAACUGGCGUAUCCGACUCAUCGCGGCAAGUAUACCAGUGCUUUUUGGACUAUGUACUAUUUAGGGGCCAUCUUGGCUUCGUGGACAGCUUAUGGCACUCAAAAACAUAUGGCGUCUUCAGACUGGAGCUGGAGAAUCCCGUCAAUUAUUCAAGCUGGAUUUCCUAUGGUUCAAAUUUUGUUCUGGUGGUUGGUUCCAGAGUCACCUCGAUGGCUUGUUGCAAAUGGAAAGAGAGAAGAGGCUGAAGAACUUCUCGCUCGUUUCCAUACAGCUGGAGAUAUCUCACAUCCUUUGAUACGAUUCGAAAUGGCGGAGAUCGUCCACACCAUUGAAAUGGACAGCCAGGCCACCGAGACAAAAUGGUCGACUCUAGUCACAACUCCGGGUAAUAGAAAGCGCACAUUUAUUGCAGUCUGCGUUGGUGCCUUUGCGCAGUGGAACGGUGUUGCGGUUGUAUCAUACUAUCUCACACUCGUCCUAGACACAGUUGGAAUCAAGGACCCGGAUACGCAGACUCUCAUCAAUGGUCUAUUGCAAAUAUUCAACUUCGUCGCGGCGGGAAGUGCCGCCCUUCUUGUUGAUCGUCUUGGUCGUCGGACAUUAUUCUUAUGGUCAGCCAUAGGCAUGCUGGUAUCGUUUGUGAUAUGGACUGCAUGCUCCGCUGUAUUUGAUAAGACACAGUCUAAUCCACUUGGAUCGACGGUGAUCGCAUUCGUGUUCAUCUUCUACUUCCACUAUGAUAUCGCCUAUACUCCACUGCUCCUCGGUUAUCCCACCGAGAUCUUCACCUACUCCACUCGCAGUAAGGGCUUGACAAUUGAAUUGCUAAGUGUCUAUGGCUCGCUCAUUGUGCUAGCAUUUGUGAACCCGAUUGCACUCGAAAACAUUGGGUGGCAUUAUUAUAUCUUUUUCUGUUGUUUUGAUGUUGUCGUGUUGGCUGUAACUUGGUUUACAUUCCCAGAGACCAAAGGCUACUCCCUUGAAGAAAUCGCCAAAGUGUUUGACGGUCCCUCGUCUAUGACUAGUGGAGUUAUAUUCGACAAAGCAGGGGACAGUGAUGCCAGAGGAGAACACAUUGAGCAUGCGGCGUAA